AAUGAGUCGAAGUAUUCGCGACUUGCGGGAGCUAAUUUGCAUUUCUCGCUUGUCUUUCAUUGACGAAAGUGCAGAUGAAGGUCUUGGUAUUGGAAGUGCUAGUAGUACGCCUCCAUUGACGCCACGACAUUCUUCUCCUGAUUCAGGAACCGCAGUUGUUACCCCACCACCGUAUCAUUUACCUAAACCUCCUCCCUUGCCGCCAGUUAAGAGAACAGUUAAACUAGAUGAUGUAUUGGCAUUUGUAGAUACUCCUCUUCUAUCAGAAUGGUUGGAUGAAUGCAAUGAAAAAGUGGACGAUAUGGUAGAAUGGAUUAGAGACAAUUUUGUUCACUUCGCACAUUUCUGGCUUACAGACUUUCCAGACAAUAAAAAAGUUGAAAUAAUGAGACUGGAAGUUGGAAUUGUGUCUGAUUCCAUGAGACUCUUAUUUAAAUCGGGAUUACAACAUGGAAAACUAUCCGGUUCUGAUAUCGGAAAAAUAAUGGAAGCAACUCUCAAAGAAUAUCCAAAGAUACUACUCUCAUCACAAUUUUCAUUUAUUUUUCUCGAUUAUUUAAAUACUUUAACUUCCGGUAGGACUGAUGAGUACCGAAAAUUAUUAAGUGACGUUACAAUCACAACCAAAGUUCGUACACAUGCUCAAGCGGCUCUGGGUUUAAGAGCUUAUACAAUAGUUAACGUUUGGUUUGCAGUAGUUUCAUUUUUUAGGCAAAUUACUUCAUACGAACCUCAAAAACUGAUUGAUUCAAAGAAUGCAUUGCCGUUAUUUGUCCAACGAGCGUUUUACUCAAUAAACCUUGGUUUUAUUGAUGUAAUUCACUAUCUCAUAACUACCAAGAAGAUAAAUAUAAAAGUACUAGAUAACUCUGGAAGAUCUCUAGCCUUUAUUGCAGCAAUGAAGGGUCAAACCGAUAUUUUAAGACUAUUACUAAAAUUUAAUUGUAAUAUAAACAUUGCCUCUAAAUCUGGAAAUACACCUCUACACGCCGCCGUAACGGCUGGAUCGGAAAAAAUAGUAAGAAUCUUAUGCAAACAGCCAAAUAUUGAAAUUAACGCAAGGAAUAAAGAAUGUGGUAAUUGUACACCACUUCAUUCAGCAGUAUUACAAGGUCAUGAAGAGAUUGUUAAAAUGUUAAUAAAGUACGGAGCUGACAAAAGUUUAAAAGCCAAUGGCCAAACCCCAUUAGAGUUAGCAAAUGAUUUAGAUCAUAGCCAUUUAAUUAAAGUGCUAAAAUCGAACUGA